CUAUUUAUUUAGCCCUUGGCUGGAGAGAGUAGAAAGAUGAUCAGAUAGUGCCCAUCUCUUCAAGAGUGCUCCAGGCAGCACAUUUCAGGUGGGAGAGGCCCUGUGGCAAGGAAGGCAGCAGAAUCCAGAGAAGACAAGGGAUGCAAUGCCAUUUUGGGUCGGGGAAGCAGAGAAGUAGUGGACCUUCCAUGUCCAGUUUGGGCCUCUAAUUGCCAGCUCAAAACACUGCAUUCCCCAGUAGGGACUUUGUGUUUGUGUUUUUGUCCUUGGGAACCUUGCAUUUCUGAUGUGAAUCUUGGUUUCUGGGUUGGAGCUUGACAUUCUGCUUGGGCCCAUUUUUUUAUUUCAAAGCUGGGAAAGCCGCUGAGACCUACCUCCAUCACCUUUGCCUCUAUACCCCACACAGGCUGUAAGCACAUGAUCUUUGGUCUUUUAUUUGCAUACUCUAUUAGUCUUGUCUUCAUUGGAGGGAAGUGACUGGUCAGACCUGGGCUGUGUUGCUGGCUGCCUUCCUUGUUGGGCUCCAACUUACCUCCUAUGUACACAGCCCUUGGAGUUCAGAGGCCUCUCCUGACCUCUGCCCAACCUCUCGCCCUCUGCACCCAAUACCCCACUAGUACAUACAGGAGCAGAGGCAGGCUAGGACCAGAGGAAAGAAGAGAGGGGACUGAAGACAGACUUUGAGAGGGCUCAGAAACCCAGUACACCCCCUGUCCCAGCCCUGUCCACCUGCUGCUGUGGCCACAGCGAGAGAAAAGACAGCUAGUAAGAUAGGAAGUGAGGCCAGGUACCUUGUGGGCAGUGAUGUCAUUCGCUGCGACUCCUAAGAUGUCUCCAGAGAUGGGAGAGCUCACCCAAACCAGGUUGCAGAAGAUCUGGAUUCCACACAGCAGCGGCAGCAGCAGGCUGCAACGGAGAAGGGGCUCAUCCAUACCCCAGUUUACCAAUUCCCCCACAAUGGUGAUCAUGGUGGGUUUACCAGCUCGAGGCAAGACCUAUAUCUCCACGAAGCUCACACGCUAUCUCAACUGGAUAGGAACACCAACUAAAGUGUUUAAUUUAGGCCAGUAUCGACGAGAGGCAGUGAGCUACAAGAACUAUGAAUUCUUUCUUCCAGACAACAUGGAAGCCCUGCAAAUCAGGAAGCAGUGCGCCCUGGCAGCCCUGAAGGAUGUUCACAACUAUCUCAGCCGUGAGGAAGGUCAUGUUGCGGUUUUUGAUGCCACCAACACUACCAGAGAACGACGGUCACUGAUCCUGCAGUUUGCAAAAGAACAUGGUUACAAGGUGUUUUUCAUUGAGUCCAUUUGUAAUGACCCUGGCAUAAUUGCAGAAAACAUCAGGCAAGUGAAACUUGGCAGCCCUGAUUAUAUAGACUGUGACCGGGAAAAGGUUCUGGAAGACUUUCUAAAGAGAAUUGAGUGCUAUGAGGUCAACUACCAACCCUUGGAUGAGGAACUGGACAGCCACCUGUCCUACAUCAAGAUCUUCGACGUGGGCACACGCUACAUGGUGAACCGAGUGCAGGAUCACAUCCAGAGCCGCACAGUCUACUACCUCAUGAAUAUCCAUGUCACACCUCGCUCCAUCUACCUAUGCCGACAUGGUGAGAGUGAACUCAACAUCAGAGGCCGCAUCGGAGGUGACUCUGGCCUCUCAGUUCGCGGCAAGCAGUAUGCCUAUGCCCUGGCCAACUUCAUUCAGUCCCAGGGCAUCAGCUCCCUGAAGGUGUGGACCAGUCACAUGAAGAGGACCAUCCAGACAGCUGAGGCCCUGGGUGUCCCCUAUGAGCAGUGGAAGGCCCUGAAUGAGAUUGAUGCGGGUGUCUGUGAGGAGAUGACCUAUGAAGAAAUCCAGGAACAUUACCCUGAAGAAUUUGCACUGCGAGACCAAGAUAAAUAUCGCUACCGCUAUCCCAAGGGAGAGUCCUAUGAGGAUCUGGUUCAGCGUCUGGAGCCAGUGAUAAUGGAGCUAGAACGACAGGAGAAUGUACUGGUGAUCUGCCACCAGGCUGUCAUGCGGUGCCUCCUGGCCUAUUUCCUGGAUAAAAGUUCAGGUGAAUACUGGAACAAGGCCCAGAGAGAUGAUGUGACUGAGAAUGCAGACCCACAGAACAUCAGGGCUGGGGCACCCUCAGAGUACAUCUAGUCCAAUCCUGUCCUGUGAAAUGGGAACACUGAGGACCAGAGAGAGAAGAGCCCGGGCCAAGGUCAUUAGUGGAGGCAGUGACAGAGCUGGGUCAGAGAUCUCAGGCAAGUCACUUCCCUUCUCCGAGUCUGUUUCCUCAAGUGUACAAGGAGGGUGUACAGUAGUACCUCAAUCUAGCUUUAAGGGUGUCAUGAGGUAGUGGGCAAAACACCCUUGGCCCAGGGCCUGAUGAUGACAAAAACAAGGAGGAGCAGCAGGAUGGAUGCCCAGGAAGGAAAAAAGCCAACCUAAUGUCUCAGGAGGCUGGGAGGGCAGUGGCAGACCUCAGAAACCUAGGGUGGAACCUGCUGUUGAGGGAAGCCAUGAGGGUCGGUGAUCCUGCAAAAUGAAGGGAAAUGGGUAGCGUUAUGUGCAGGUGGGCAGGAAAGUGGGUGUCAGGAGAGAGUGCCUAGCAGGUGGGUUUAUCACCCCCAGGACACUGCAAGCCCCUGGAUGGCAGGGGCAGUUGACAGUAGGGGCCAGUGCAUGCAUUCUGGCCUCACAGGGUCCCAGGUUCAAGGCCUUGCUCUGCUGCUUCCUGGCUGUGUGACUUGCGGAGAGCAUUUUCCCUCUCAGGGCCUCAGUUGGCUGAGACCAUGAAAUGGGCUUACUGUCCCCACCUCUUGGGCUUGCCUGAGAAAUGGAAACAUAGACCCAGACAAGAAUUCACAUGAAUAUUCAGAACAACUUUAUGCAUAAUGUCAAUAACUGGAAACAAGUGAAUGCACAAAUGCUUGUCCAUCGCCAGGCCUGAGGCAGGGAUGAUCAGAGGGAGCGGGCCAGGCUGGGAGAAGGCUGUGGGAGCUGUCCACUGCCACAGCAGGGUCUCAAAAACACUUGCUGACGUGAACUGUGGGCCUUUGUGGUGUGGGGUCUGCUGAAGGCCCCAGGCUUGGGGCGGGAGAGAAGCCUGCCUGGGUCUCAUUUGUCCUGUGAGUGAGGUGGUGGCCGUCUCCAGGGUGGCCGGCCCAACCCUCCUGCAGGACACCCAGUCCAGUCCACCACCAUUUUCCAAGGCAUUCCUGCCUCCCUGCUCUCCUCCUCUCUUCCCAGGUGCUCUCAGUGCUGCCCCUGCAGGGUGUGGGGAGUGGGCCCCUGGUGAGGCCCCACCACGGCAAGGGGACAUGGAAUGGGGAGCAUCCAGCAAGCCUGGGGGCCUGGGGAGGCUGUGUCCUGGCCAGCACCCUGCCUCUGAGGGCUGCUUCCUGUUCCU